GUUUGAUAUAUCGAUAGAUAUUCGGUGAUCACUUUGUUUGUUUUAGUUUAAGUCACAUGUUUUCUUAAAGUCAUGCUAUUGUCUAAACUGAAAAUAACAAGUGAGAAAAAAAUAUAUCAUAUAUAUAUAUAUAUAUCACAUGCAUACAUAUAAAAUGUACACUUAAUUGAGUUUGUUGAUUAGUUCUUUAUAAGAACUAAGAACCUUUUGAAAAGUAGAUUUAACUAUGUUAUCCAAUGUUCUAUAUUUGGCCAUUGCUUGCCAGAGUUUCGGGAGUUAAAGUCUUUUAGAUGAGUACAGGAAUGGUAUAAGAUAAUUUUUUUGUUCAUGGGUAAUCUCUGAUUUAGAGGUACAAAAGUAUAAAUAGUUUCAUUCUAAUAUUGUCGACUGAAAGAAUUACAAAAUCAUCGUUGUCUCUAUUUAAAUAAUUUUUAUUACACAUGUUUAUGCAGUUAUUAUGUGCAAGGUAUCAGUUUUCACCACCAAAUUUUUCGUACCACCAUUGUAAUUUGUAAAGUAUGUAUUUACUUACUAAACAAGUGAAAUGAUUUUUGAAAUCUUUAUCUUCCUUUGGACAAAGAAUCUAAGAGGGAAGAUCUUAGUCGUCUCAGGUGACGUAGGAAGUCCGUGCAUAUAUUUUACAGAAAACAGCUAAAAGACGUCAGAAAGUAAAGAAAACAAAAUCUAAACAGUGAGGUUACGGAACAAGAUGGGUGAUGUGGUCUGAUGGACACGUGUCGACAUAUAAUUGAUACGUAGGUAAGUUUUGACUUUUUGUGGGAGGCGUGCUGGCUGAGCCAGAGGAACCACACCAAGUGUUGCAGUGACUUGUCCCUAUACUUUAAUUACAUUUUCAUCCUUGGAGAUUUUCAGAGUUUUUUUUUUUACUGUUCUUGGUUUGUUGAAAUGGGGAAGAAGAAGAAGAAGAAGAGUCAAGACUAUCCAAACCUUGGCAGAGUCAACCAAGUGUAGUCUCAUUUGGAGUCUUAAUAUCAACGUUGCUAAUAUAGUAAUUAGAAAACAUGGAUCAAAGGGCUCUUUAUCAUCAUGUGCAAAUGUGGUUCGGUACUUAAAAAUCCCUUACCUAGCUAGAAGACACAUGUUUCCAUUGGACGUAGCAUUGUUCAAAGGCAUAAAAGCCAAAGACAUGUUUUGGUAAAAAAAGUCAACAACAUUGUCAACAUGCGUAUAUACACAUUCUUUGUUACCUGAGAAACUCGACUGUUCCAUCAAAUUGAGCAGUCGUUAGCCUCUUUUGCAAACAACAACACAAGUUACACAACCCCUAGUAAGAAAAAUGUAGUUGAUUGAUGGGAUUCACGGGAGGGUCCAUCUCAUGUUUGUCUCUAUUCUGACUGGUCAAAUAUCAUCAGGUCUUACCGCAUAUCAAAUGGCCCAUUAGCUCAGUUGGUUAGAGCGUCGUGCUAAUAACGCGAAGGUCGCAGGUUCGAAACCUGCAUGGGCCAAGUAUUUUUUGCUAUGAUCUUUUUUCUUUCCUAGUCCCGUCCCUAACGUUUGCUUUUCUUACAUUCGUAUCCGUUAUGUUUUAUUAUGUUAAUUUAUGUCCAAAUUCAAUUUUCUAAUUACUACAAAUCAACUGUCUUUUUUCUUUUUUCUUUUUUUUUUUUUUUUUUCUAUUCCAAAGGAAACAAAAACUUCCCACUUGUUAAUGCAGAGUAGGGUUUUAAAGCUUAACCUCCUCCAAAUUUCUCUCUAAAACAGCAGAGCAUUCGCAUACAAGGGGAUAACUUGAAGAGUCUCCUGUUGAUAAUAAGAGAGAGAGCAAUGGAAUCGGAUCUGAAUGACUACACCGUUAUCAAGGAAGGAGAAGCUGAGAUCCUCCUUCACAAGAAGAACCAAGUCUUCUUCAAUAAAGCUCAGGUGAACAAUAGAGACAUGUCUAUAGCUGUCCUAAGAGAAUUUAUAUCCAAACGCAAGCAAGAGCAUGAAGCUAAGCUAUCUAAAAGAAACAGAUCAGCGUCCAAUGUGGUUGACAAGGACUCUUCUGAAGCUUCCAAGGAAGGAACUCCAAUUGAGAACGGUGAGCACCAAGUAGCAUCUGAAGACCCACCAAGCUCUGCUUCCAAAAAACCUGAAGGAGUUGCACUUAGAGGACUCCAGCCUCCGAAAGUGCUCGAGGCUUUGUCUGCUUCUGGUUUGCGAGCUUUAAGAUAUGCGCGUGAAAUAGAAGGGAUUGGUCAGGUUGUAGCGUUGGACAAUGACAUUGCAUCGGUGGAAGCUUGCCAGAGAAACAUAAAGUUCAAUGGCUCGCUGGCUAUUUCAAAGGUGGAGUCACAUCAUACCGAUGCUCGUGUCCAUAUGCUUACCCACCCUAACGAAUUUGAUGUGGUUGAUCUUGAUCCAUAUGGAUCACCUUCUAUCUUCCUUGACUCGGCUAUUCAAUCAGUCUCGGAUGGUGGAUUGCUGAUGUGCACAGCAACUGACAUGGCAGUGUUAUGUGGCGGAAACGGUGAAGUUUGUUAUUCCAAAUAUGGUUCUUACCCAUUGAGGGGGAAGUAUUGUCAUGAGAUGGCUUUGAGGAUCCUCCUUGCCAGCAUCGAGAGCCAUGCCAACCGCUACAAGCGGUAUAUUGUUCCGGUGCUAUCUGUGCAAAUGGAUUUCUAUGUUCGUGUCUUUGUACGCGUUUACACCUCGGCGAGUGCAAUGAAGAGCACUCCAUUGAAGCUUUCUUACGUCUAUCAAUGCAUUGGUUGUGAUUCUUUCCAUCUUCAACCUGUUGGAAGGUCUCUUCCUAAGAACAACAGUGUGAGGUAUCUUCCAGCAAUUGGUCCAGUUGUGGCACAAGACUGCUACCACUGUGGGAAGAAAUAUAACAUGGGCGGACCGAUAUGGUCUGCACCAAUCCAUGAUCAAGAAUGGGUUACUUCUAUUUUGAACAGUGUUAAAUCCAUGAAAGAUAGAUAUCCUGCUUAUGACCGGAUCUACGCUGUACUUACCACAAUCUCCGAGGAGUUGCUAGAUGUUCCUUUGUUUUUGAGUCUGCAUAAUCUUUGUGCGACGCUAAAAUGCAUUUCACCAUCAGCUGCUAUGUUUCGAUCAGCUGUUAUCAAUGCUAAUUACCGUAUCUCCGGAACCCAUGUGAAUCCUCUCGGCAUGAAAACUGAUGCUCCUAUGGAAGUUAUCUGGGACAUCAUGCGUUGCUGGGUUAAGAAUCAUCCUAUAAAGGCGCAAGCCCCUGAACUCCCUGGAAGUGUGAUCUUGUCCAAAGAACCAUCACAUCAGGUUGAUUUUUCGCGUCACUCUGGUUCGCUGAGCAAGGCGCAAGCGAAGAAAGUAGCUCGGUUUCUGCCAAAUCCAGAGAAGCAUUGGGGUCCAAAGCUUAGGGCAGGUCGUCAGAUAACGAGCAAACAUGUCUCUCUUAUUGGUCAUGAAGCAGUCAAUGGCCACCUUACUCAACACCAUGAAGAACUAAAAGAGGAAGAAGAAGCAGUGCAAGAAGAUAAUACCCAAGAAGAGCUGGAUGCAAAGCGCCUGAAGACAACAGAGGAUAUUGCAUCCACAUCAUAAGAAUAAUCACAACAUGUUAACACACAAGAGAUCAGAUUUUUGGCUUCAGAAGAUUUGUGUUGUACUCUUAUGAAGAACUCUGUUUUGUUCUUUUCUGUUUAUCAGUUUUGGUAUUACUCAAGAGUUUUGACCCACUGUUAUUGAUUAUCUCUGUUGUGAUUUUAUUAGUUUUCUCAUCUAUUAUUAUCCUUGUAGUGACAUUUUUGGAUAGAAAACAGACAAGAGCAAAGUACUUUAUUAAA